CAAAACGUCUUUCCAGAAUCAUUAAAAACACGUUACUGUAAAUGCAACCAAAACAAGGUGACUAUAAGCCAAUACCUUACAAUAGACUAAAAUUAAGUGUGCUGGGUUCUUUAAAAUAAAACGCAUACUUACUUAACUGUAUAAAUCAGAACGAACUGUAAGCGCAUGGAAGAAAGUUGUGCUCUGUGGAUACUCUACGGGCCAAUCCGUGACGCUCAUGAUGUGACGGACAUGUAGCGCACCUAAUGGAAAACGAGAAAGUGGGCUGGAUGACUGUGGAGUUUGGGAUAGAAGUACACAGCUGUUUCGCUCGGUUUCAAGGCACGAGCACCAGGAGAUGACAGGAAACGUGUGUUUUUCAUUGUCCUGGACCUCGCAGAUUUCUCGGAGAAGAGGGAGAAGACUGACUCCAUUUGCUCAAGAAAAAAGUUGAUCGUCACCAGGUUUUUCAGAGUAGGCAAUGGGAACAAACUUCUAUUAGGCAGCAAAACUAUAAGCCUUCAGUGGAGUUUACAUAUGAGGUUGUUUAUUGGCCGACGCUCCCUCAUCUUACUAAUGCCAUGCCACGGAUUUCAUCUGGGAAAAUCUUUAAUGGCGAGCAACAAAGAGUGAAAACAUUUUGGACGGCGAGGGGAAGACUGGACAGCAACGUAAUUACUCUUGGACAGAAAUGCUUUUCAACAUUUAACAUUUUUGUCGCAGGACGGUAGGCUACAUGGUGUGUUCCAUAACCAACUGACGUGGGGCUCUCGGGGGGCUGGCCGAGAAAGGAGAUCUGGCUGAGGGGGCUACGCGCACACAGGCUACACACACACACACACACACAAACGCUGUCAAACACCCACGCUUAAUUUGACUAGAAUAUAUUUUAAAUAUUAAACAAACCACACGCUACUAAGCUAUGGUACAACGGGUGCUAGACCUAAGUGACACAAUAGGUUGUUAUGCAGGCUUACAUAUUUACAAAUGAAGGUGCACUCCAUCCGAUUGUUGUUAAAAAGUAGCCCAGCAGAGCAACUGUGACAACUCAGACGUGUUCCGUUAUACGACAUAGUUUUCACUGGAAUGGAAGUAUUGGAAUUUUACUGAGCGUUCGUAGUUCAAUGACAGCCUUAAAGAUGGUUGAGACGCGGAGCUCCCUUCAGAGGGAAGGGGUCUACCGCUGGUUCUCCGUCCUGAGCUCGGCACAAAGGGCCGAGUUCCUGUGCGGGCUCUUGGAUCUUUGUGUCCCUAUUGAGCUGCGGUUCCUCGGUUCCUGUCUUGAGGACUUGGCCCGUAAGGACUACCACUCCCUCCGGGACGCCGAGAUCAAAGCCAACAACCCGGCGGACCUCGCGAACCUGACCAACAUCACGGACGAGGUGGUGAGGAGCAAAUUACUUAUUUCCCUCGCGUUGCUCAGCUCGGAUAACCGGGAGGCGGCUGGGGUACUUUUUCGUACUCUGACACACAUCGACACCAUCAUCAACAACUAUGGACUACAGCUUAACGACGGCCAGACAGGCGAACAGUUCCUCUUGCUCUUCACCAUGGCUUCCAACCAUCCUGCUUUCAGCUUUCAUCAGAAACAGGUGCUGCGCCACGAGCUCACACAGAUCCAGGAGAUCCUGCAGCUGACCGGUGGCGAGCAACAGCACGCGACUCCACUCACCCAGGGCUGCACCGUGCCCACGUGUAUAACCGCGCCUUCCAUCAACUCCUGUCACUCUGGCUGUGCAUGCGCCAGCACGGCUUCACACCGAGAGGUUGCCAUGGCUCCGACUGAUGAAAGUGUCCCCCCUGACACUCUGGAGGUGACACCCGCAGCACCCCACACCCAGCUGGAGCUACAGGGCAAAGGUCAUGAAGGGAAACCCAAUAAAGUGUGGGUGGAGAGAGUGGAGGUCAGGGAGGUGCUUCAGAAGCCGGACAAGUCCACAGAGCUCCUGCUGCAGGUGGUGUGGUCUGACUCCAGCCAGUCCUGUAUCAGCAGAACUGCUCAAGAGCUGAAGGAGCUGCUCGCUCAGGUAUCUUUGCUCUUUCCUGAUGAAUGCUUCGAGAAACCCUCACCCAUAUCUCCUUCCCAUGAGCCUCCACUUGAGCUGGAUCCCAGGUGGUUGUCAUCCCUCCCUCCUCAUGUCCUGAAACACGACACACUCAGACAUUUCUUCACUUCAGUGCCUCUGCCACAGCUUCCAAACAGCACCAGUCUGGGAUGUCUGCUGCCCUUCCGAGGAGUCAGCAGGGCUGUGUGUGGGGUUGCCAGUGUCCAGCCCGUAGUGAACGUCCCCCACGGUCCCCCCCUGCUUCAGAGCGCCCUGCUGCCACCACCCCAUCCUCCCGUGCCUCCCCAGGCGGUUGGCAUGAUGACGCUGCCCUCGGCCGGCGCCGCGAUCCUGACGGAGUGCGAGGGCGCCGUUCCGCCGUCCCCCCGCGCCCCCCACUCCGGCCUCGGCCUCGGCCUUCAGCCGCAGGUGCAGUCCAAGACGGCGACGAACGUGCCGGCACAUUCGCAUUCACACACGCAGCCGCUGCUUCCUCAUUCAUACUCGCAGACGCAGACACAGGUGCAGCUGCAGAUGCAGAUACAGUUGCAGUCCCAGCAGCAGCAGCAGCAGCAGCAGCAGCAGCAGGCUAGCCCUGAGCAGAACUGCCUGCUCGACUGGCUGCGUAAACUCAGACUGCACAAGUAUUACCCCGUGUUCAAGCAGCUGACCAUGGAAGAGUUUCUGGCUCUCACUGAGGAGGACCUGAACAAAUACGACUUGACGCAGGGUGCCAAGAAGAAAUUGAAAACGCAGCUGGAACUGCAGAAAGAGAAGAGGUAUGUGGUUUCUCAAUUCCCAGUGUCCUGCGGUGGAGUUGCCAGAGUUACCCCUUCCAGCCACGUCAGUCCUUUGACACACACACACUCCACUGCCAAUACAGAGCUGCGUGUGGAGGUGGACACCGGCUCCAUGUCGGUUCCCAGAGACGGCGGCUCCUCCUCGGGUUACUCCAGCGCACCCAACAGCCCCAUGACCCCCCAGAGCAGGGACGCAGCCUCCUUCGCCAGGUCUAAAGACCUGCACCGGCGUGGAGAGGCUACGCUGGACCUGAGUGACAAGGAUCGGACGGUUCUGAUGAGCCCGGUGAUGUCCGGUAGCCGGCCGACCGCGCAGGUGCUGCCCGUGCAGAAUGACCCCGGCUCCUCGCUCAACCUCCCGCCUCCGCUGGCUCUCGGGCGACCGCUGGCGUCCCCGCGCAAACCCCGACCCCCGCCGCUGUGCACGGACGAGCGGCGGCCCGCGGGCAUGGUGGGGGCGUCCCGUCUGGAGAGCCUGUUCCCCAGCCUGAGCCUGGAGGUGGGCCACCCCCCUGUCAGCAGCAUGCUGCGCUCCCCGUCGGGGCUCAUGGUGGAGACCAGCUCGGCCCUCACGGCCACCUCCAACACCCUGCACCACGUCUCGCACCCGCCGCUCCACCUGCAGCUGUCCCCCUCCCUGCCCAUGCGCAGCGGCGCUGGCAGUGGACACCCUUACCCCUUCGUCCUCUCCUCGUCCUCGUCUUCCUCCUCCUCCUCCGGCUCCUCCUCAUCCUCGCUGGCUUCCUCGUACUCGUCCAAGUCCUCCUUUCCUGCCGCUGCUCCCGGCGGGGUCCCCAUGGCGACGGCGAGCAGCAUUCCCAUGGUGGCCGUGCCCGGCAACACCUACUGUGUGAACAACGUGUCGGCUCUGGCGCCGAGCACCAGCCCCACGUCCUCAGAGGCGGCCUGCUAUGGCGUGUCCUCUUCCUCCUACUCCGCCACGCCGCCCGCGUCCUCCUCCUCCUCCUCCUCCUCCUCGUGCGUGUGUGUGUGCAGCUCGUGCGGCUGCAGCGGGAGCUGUGGCUCGUACGCAACACUGCCCAACAGCUACGCCGGCUACUUCCCCCACCCUUUCUCGGGCACGUCGGUCUUCACCCUGGGCCCACUGCUGCACCUCAGUCCCCUGCUGACAGGGGGCGCUACUGCGCCGGCGCCCUUCUCCUACCCUGUGGUCGCCCCGCCGCUGUACAACAGCAGCCUGUCUCAUGAGGCGCAGCAGCAGCAGGGCCUGGUCCUCCCACCCAUGCAGGGGUUUUUGGGGGGUGGGGGGAAUGUGUAUCAGUCCCAUGGGAUGCUGGGUAAUGGAGGCAACCUGAAAAAGGGGGGCGGGAACGUCUCGUGUUACAACUGCGGCGUGAGCGGCCACAGAGCACAAGACUGCAAACAGCCACCAAUGGACUCCGCCCAGCAAGGCACUUUCCGGCUGAGGUACGCCCCUCACACUGACAGCCAAGACUCAGGAGACUAAACCUGAUUACAGCCAGGGCUGCUGCCAAGACUCAGAGCUUAAGUGAAGAAGACAUGCAAAAAGCCCCAAACCUCCCAAUGAUUUCAGAUCAGAAAAGUCUCUAAAAGGUCUACUUUGAUUUCAAUCAUUUACACCUGCACUUCAGAAAUGUACACCUGUUCUUUACGAUCCUCUCAUACCAACGACUACAAGGAGAACACUAGAACCUCUACAGGUUAUGUCAGUGAUCAUCUCUAUCAGCUUUCCCCGUAGAACCUCUGCAGGCUGGAUCAGUUGGUGACCUCUUAUCAAUGUCCUCUAUUGAAACCUCUGCAGACUGGAUCUUUGGUCACUUCUAUCAACUUCCUCUGAAUUUAUGUUUAUCUGGGGGCAGAGGAAAAGAUAGCCACAUCCAGGAGGUGCUCUUCUUUUUUGGGAGUCUGUUUUGUUUGUGUGUGUGACCUUUUUUUCAUCAGGGAAAGAAACUGAAGCUUUUAGAUACUCCUUCUCCCCCACUCAGGUCAAAAAUCUCAUGAACUGAGCAUGAUCCUCACUCCCAAGAAACCAUGCUGACUCUGAGAGGGAGACAGAAGCAGCAUACAGCGGCCAUUUUGUUUUGUUCCUCUGACUGGAAUAGACCUGCACAGUCAAAUCAACAGACUUUUUUUGUAAUGAAAAGGGUGGGGUGGGGGGGGGGGGGGUCUAAUACUGUCCUCAUUCAAUGAGUUGCCAAGUAAUAUCACAAGAAGCCAGACUGCCAUUCUUCUGUGAGUCCUUUGCAUUGACAGGAUAGUUUUUGGGCCUGAGAAGGAAUCGACAGAGAUCUCUUUUUUUUAUGAGUGAGCAGGACUGAGACUCUUCCUUGUCUUUUCUUCUGUCAUUGUCAUUAUGUUUUUACAUGUUAUUUCGUCAGGUGUCUGAAAUACUUUUAAAAGAUUUUAGAAUCAUUUAUAUAUUUGUAAAUGUCAUAAUCUGCCAGUCAAAUGACAUAUAGCACUUGAAUUCAAGAAAAAAAACAAAGUGAUUAAUUUUGAGAAAAUACUUUGCACUGCCCUGGUUCCUCUGAGGGAGAGGGCGAUUAGUGCAGUGUUGUGUUGUGCGCACAGCUACAGGAGUGUUUCAUCCACUUCCUGGUGCUGAUGUGUGCCGCCUUUAAGAGAACUGUUGUCCAGUCCUAUUUAGUGAAUGUGUGUGGAGGGACGAACUAGGGUUGAGUGACAUCUUGAAAGCACUUUUUUUUAAUCCAAUCAGAGUGUGUCCUGGUUGUUUGUAAUUGUGGGCCAGCAGGUUCUGGCCCUAUACGAGAUAUGAUAUUUUAUAUCAGGAUUUUGUUGAAGGGAUUUGUCACACAUUGCAUUUAUAGUGCUUUUGAUAGGGCUUCUGAUGUGCCUACAAAUGUAUAAGAAAAUAGCAGGAGGGAUACAGUUUUGUCUCUUUAAAAACAUUCAGACAUAAAAGCUACAUUCAUCACUUCAGAAUGACCAUGACAGAGUGUGUAAGAUAUCACAUAGGAUAUGACAUGUAGGUCUUGGUGCACGUUUUAUGACCUCACGAUUCAACAAGCAACGUUUCAACAGGACAUCAACAUAUCAUGGAAUGUAUGGCCAUAUGAUGCCGAGAGUAUUAACACGGCUUGCCCCUGAAUCAGUCAUGCGUAGGAAUGCUUUAAAAGUGAUGUUCCUUUAGCCUGGCUAAAAAAUUCUCGUCUCACCUUCAAUUUCCAAGAGGCAUAACCAGCGAUGGAAUUAAACUUAAAGUUGGCACAAUAAACUAUCACCGAAUCCUUUGGAAGCACGUCAAAUAAAGGUUUAUAAAUGUAGUUUACUCAAUUUAAAAGAAAAUACAUGUUGGUGUUGUUUAAUACGGACGGCACCAGUGCAGCCAUUGGUUGUGCCCAAGUAGUGCCAGCGUUGCUCCUCUAUCUGUCUUUAUAGACCCUUUCAUCAAUAAAAACAAAAACAAUGCUUGAACGUUCUAUUUGGGCCCCAAUCUACUUCCUCUGCAUUAAGAUAGCAUAUGGAAUGUUAAAAAGGAAGUCUUGUGGGGCCAACUAUGAUGCUGAUAAUGGAACUCUCUUGAAAGGGUCCAUAAAGCGCGCCCCAUACCAGAUAAGAGGUUGUGAUUGGCUCCUGGGAUCAUUUUUGGAAUGAGUGGAUCUGCCAGAGCAAAUUCAAACAUGCUGUAGUAUUCAUCUGGUUCCCAAGGCCAAUGUUCCUGUAUUGUCAUGCUUUCUUUAUGUUUUUGAGCAUUUUGCCUCUUGUUUUUUUCUGAUUAGAAAAUGUGUGUCAUUAUGAAAGCAGUCAGUAACCCUAUAACCCUUGAGGCAAAAUGCACACUGAAAGCCAGGGAAUACAGAGAAACAUAUACAUUCACAUUGUAAUUUUACGUAUAGAGGCAACUCUGUUUACAAGUGUAGACACUCCAUUGCUAAUAUUGAACUAUUUUGUCAUAUUCCAUCACAUCCACAUCAUGUCUACUUCAGUACAUUUUCUCAGAUGUUACUUUGGUUGGCAGCUGCUGAAAUCAGCUCUGUUGGUGCGGUUUUGCUGUAUUGCUGGCCUCUCUUAAGGCCGAUCACCCCUUACAAAAAAAUAACUCAUUACUUCAAGUGUCAAAACUGC